UACACCGUGUGCGUUUGUCUGCACACAUCCCCUUCACAAUCCGGGAACUUCAAACAUGACCGCGGAAGCCGAGACUCAAAUAUUGCUCCAGGAGAUAAGCACGUUUGCGUUCAUUGGAGAAAGAAAUCUCGGAAAAGGAAAAUUCGUCGUCUCAACCACCGGACUUCAUUGGUGUGCAAUCGACUCCCCGAGUAGCGAGAACCUUGACUUCCACGUGCCCUGCAAGUCUGUCGUCGUCCAUGCUAUCAGUCGAGACAUCAGUGCGUUUCCUGAGGAAUGCAUCUAUUGUAUGAUAGACGACCAGUUUCCACUACCGGGUGACCAAGACGGAGCUGAGGAACGAGAUGACCCGGAUGAUAAAUCUGAAGAAUGUAGUGAACUCCGUUUCGUACCCGAAGAUAAAUCGCUUCUAGACCAAAUUUACGCUGCAAUCGUAGAGUGUCAAAAUCUAAAUCCGGACACAGAGUCGGAAGACAGUAGUGAUGAUGAGGGACGGUUUGAAGAUAGUGCUGGUGAUGGCAAUGGUUGGAUAUUUGCAGAAAGCAAUGGACAGCAGGAUGGGGACGGUCAAAAUGACAUAGUACUACCUGCCCCUGAUGAAUUCGUAAACAUGGUGAAUGAACAACAGGAGACUGGAGAGACAGACGAAAUGAUGGACGUAGGACAAUUUGAUGAUGUAGAGAAAAGUGACGAGCAAGACCACUCUUGAUAGUAGUACGUAUACAAUAGGCAUACUAUAAUGGGGUUGUUCAUAAUCGUAGCAGAGAUGUGGAGCUAACUGAUCUGAAU